GACGAAGACGUCUCACGUACAGGCACAGCGCCAAUUGGACCUACAAGCAUACGGCUGAGGAGUGUCCCUGUUAUCCGCUUGGAGACCAUUCAGCGGGGCGAGUUCCUGGCCGUCCUGUGCUUUGUGGUGGUGGUGUUUGUGCUGUGCAUAGGACUACUUAUCUCGGCGCCUGAGUGGUCACUGACACGUACUGAAUAUCCUAUCAACUACUGUACCUUCUCCAGUGUGCAACCUGAACCGGUAUUUAAUCGCUCGGCCAAGGACACGUGCAGCUACACUUGCUGGGGCAAUGGCAACGCAUACGCCACCAAAUCACAGGACGAGAUCAAGGAAGGUGUCCAGACAUGCCAGAGAGAGCCUGUAGGCAGCACGUCCACCACGGCUAAUAGAUCAUGUCCGUAUAAUGGCGUGGAGAUGCGGAAUUUAGGCGUGGAGGUCGCCGGGCCUUUAGUCGAGUUCACUAUAUCGGAUUUUAAUGAAUACAAACAGAUGAGAGGCCGUUUCGACACAUUCCUGUCACUUAAACGCGCUCACCGAGCUGGCGCGGUGAACAGUACGACAACAGGCGGAAGUAAUACGACAAAUACGACAAAUCCGAUAAAUGGGUCUGACGUAGGGGUGAAUGCCUGGGAUGGGCUACCGUAUAGUAUGCUGCUGGACUACACUGUGCUGGUGCAAGGCCAGAGAGUUGGGUCGGAUCUCAUUGAGACCAAAACACUUUUCAGGAACAAUCUGACGCUCGAAUGUCCGGGUGCCGAAGGGCCACCGUGCACGACUCGCGUGCUGCCUGCGUAUGCUCUGCAGUUCAACGACUGUGCCAAUCUCAUGGGCUUUGAUACCAUUCAGCUGAGAAUCACCUGGCAUGCGUUCUUCUCAGUCCUGCAACCGACACUCAAUACGACAUUGGUCGGUCAGGGCAAUAACACUGCCCUGCAGGUGGGUGGCCUGUGCGCCCGUGUUCGCGUGGUGUCGCAUGCGGGCAUGUUGUUAUUGGAUAUAUACUUUCGUGUUAAUAGAAACAUACUCAUAGACUGGUAG